CUCAAGUCCCUCAACAAACGAACGCUGCUUUUCGACGAAGAAAAGGAGGGUUCCUCGCUCUGACGCCUUGCGCAGUUGUACCGUACAUUCGUACUACCACACAGCUUGAAGAAGAAGAGGGAAUUCGACGAGAAAUAGUAGAAGCUUGGCGUUCGUGCGAGGAAUUCUCGGUGGUUGAUCGAUCCGUGUUUCGCGGCGGAUGGGGCAGGCGUUCCGCAAGCUGUUCGAUGCCUUCUUCGGCACCAGCGAGAUGAGGGUCGUGAUGCUUGGGCUGGAUGCCGCGGGCAAAACCACCAUCCUGUACAAGCUGCACAUCGGGGAGGUCCUUUCGACUGUUCCUACGAUUGGGUUCAAUGUUGAGAAAGUACAGUACAAGAACGUGAUGUUUACAGUAUGGGAUGUCGGUGGCCAAGAGAAGUUGAGGCCUCUGUGGAGGCAUUACUUCAAUAAUACGGAUGGUUUGAUCUAUGUAGUUGAUUCAUUGGAUAGAGAGAGAAUCGGAAAAGCGAAAGCGGAGUUUCAGGCAAUCGUUAAUGAUCCUUUGAUGCUUAACAGUGUAAUAUUGGUAUUUGCCAAUAAACAAGAUAUGAAAGGGGCAAUGACGCCGUUGGAGGUGUGCGAAGGCCUUGGCCUCUAUGAUUUAAAGAAUCGCAUCUGGCAUAUCCAAGGCUCUUGUGCCCUCAAAGGUGAUGGUCUUUAUGAGGGCUUGGACUGGUUGGCAAGUACUCUGAAGGGACUGGAAGCCUCAGGUCGCCUCCCCUCAGGAGGGACCUCAUUGUUCUAAGUAGCAGGUCUGCCUGUAAGAUUCUUCCGUUGACACUAACAAUCUUUGCAUCAAAGAUGAUCAUGGGAACAAAUUAUCUUGGUGUGGAAGGCCUUACAUGGUCACACCUUACAUUGCUCAGGCGAUAUGCUUCGCGGUGUCGAUUCUACUGAAGGCAAAAGAUGCAUGAGAGCCUGACUACUUGAAACAUUACCACUGCAGUUUUGUCAUGGGUAGUAGUGUAGUAGUACCCAUCGAGUCUUGUGAAUUUCCUUGAAUGUUACAGCUAACUAUCGGAUGCAUUUGUUCACAUGUGAUGAGUGAAACGCAUGUUGAUGUAAAAAGUUUGUGUAAAGUUAUGUUUGGCAAAUGCAAUUUGUAUCAACAAAAUCUGAUCCCA